CAACUUGGUUUGUGACAGACGUGUUUUUUUUCGUAUCAUAUGCUUUAUUUUAACCUGAAAUAAUCACGAUGUCCAAAAGAAAAGUAAGCAAAGACAAGACGAAUGCAGGGAGUCAAGAAGAGGAGGCUAAAAACAAAGAACCAACCAUCAAAAAAGACACGCCUGUUCUUCCAGCUGAUGCCAAGGAAGGUCAAGAUCCUAAACACAAGUCGCCGUCCGUUGCUGCGCUGCCCAUCACUGAUGGAUGGAGUGCAGGAGGUGAAACUGUGAUAGACUCUGCAAAGGCGUGGUCCCAGAUAUGCAAUAAACUGGAGCAGGAUGAGAGAGAUUUCUUCUACACCCAGUGUUUGAAGGUUCUUGGCUGGAAAAUAAGUGAGAAAAUGGUCAAACUGCUGUACCGGCUCCUACCAGGCCUGAAGCGUCUGGAGAAGUUUUCUUUUUCUAACACAAGAAUGAGCAGUGAGAUGUUCACUUCCCUCAUCAACACAAUCCCCUUGUGCACGAGUCUGAGGGAGGUGACGUUGGACGGCAACCCUCUUCCAAAUCACUGCUAUCACCUGCUCUUGUCGGACGAAUGCUCCCUGACUCACGUACGGCUGCGAAACAACCAGAUAUCGGACGAAGGCGCCGCUCUGAUCGGUUGCGCUCUCUCCACUCCCAAGUCGACCAACAAGACACUGCUGUCACUCAGUCUGGCCUUUAACAAUAUUGGGGAUGUUGGUGCUGGACACAUCGCCAAGGGUCUUCGACUUAAUCGCACGCUGUUGUUUCUGUCGUUGGCCAACAAUUCGAUCGGAGACGCUGGAGCAGCUCAACUGGCAGCGGUAUUUUCUGAGUUUGCGCUCACUCAUGAUGAAAUUAUGGAGAGGAGGCGUCUCAUUUUUGACAAACUGCAAAUGCCUGCAGCUGAGGUCGAAGUGCCUGUCCAGCCCAGUGAAACGUUUUCACCCACCGACUUGCUUCCCGCUGUGCCAGACAGCUCUUCCCCUGUCAACAAAGCCAACGCCAAGAAACCUGACAGCAAAGCUGACGAGAAGCUCAAAAAACCUCCCAAAAAUAACAAGAAAGCUGAGAUGAAGCUGCCUCCGUCUAAAAUCACCAAGCCUCCACCUAGACCAAUAACAGAUGAGGAAUUCAUCACACCCCCGGAAGAGAAGGAGGAUGUGAGAGCGAAGGUGAACAUACUGCUGGACAAAACUGGCCGGCGGAGGGAUGGAGAGAUUUUUCUGCCCGGCAACACAUGUCUGGCCUCACUGAACCUCUCAGGAAACCACUUGACGGAGAAGUCGUUGGCUCACUUCCUGAGGUCCCUGCAGGAACAGGCUCCUGUCGGUGUGCUGCGUCUGUGUCUACAGAGAAACAACUUCCCUCUCAGCUGUCCCACUUUCGAAAUGAUCGAGGAGCUGAUGAGCUACAGAGACCCGAUCAUCAACAAACUCUUCACAGAGGAACACGCCUAAAUGGAUGGUUUUCUUUCUCUCAGCCAACAUGAGACUGUUUUGUGUCUACGAGGUGAACCAACGCAUGAGACAUCUGUUCACCCAAG